AUGCUGAGAACGUGUUGCAUGAAGUUGAUCGGUUGCGAUCUCCAGACCCUUUCAGACACACACGGACACCCAAAGGCAGACAGACAGACAAACCAAAACAACCUCAACACUAACAUCAACAUUGAUAACAUCAACAUCGACAACAUCAUCAGCAACAACAACAUCAACAACAACAAAAACCAAAACAAUUUCAACACUAACAUCAACAUUGAUAGCAUCAACAUCGACAACAUCAUCAGCAGCAAUAACAACAACAUCAGCGACAAUCCAACAACAUCACAAGAGCAGCACAACAAUGGAUUACAACUCUUGUCUGCAAACGUGGACGGACCAUUUCAAUUACUUGAUUACGUCACAAGCGUUGAUGUCGUCAUCAUCGUCUCCAUCGGCGUCGACAUCACCAACGACAAAAGCACCAUCACAAACAACAACUACAUCAUCAACAACAACUACAUCAACAGCACCAACGACAAAAGCACCACCACUAACAACAAUAACGACAAAAUCGUCAAAUACGACGACACUCUCUUCAGAAACAAUAGAUGGCACAUCGUGUUGUUCAUCGUGUUCAAUGAUCAAAGGAUUAUGAAAAACAAAUUUACUAGCAACGUCAAAAUCAGUCUCGCCGAUAAUGGUAGUACUGUUAAAAAUUACUCGAACGAAUCAAUCAUGAAUGCGAGCAAUUUAAUGAAACUAACCUACAAACUGAUGGAGAAGAAGAACCUCGUACGACGACUCGCAUCCAUGAAAACCACCAAAUCAGAUAUUCACAACAACACAAGACUUCCUAGUUGUAAUAAUGACAUCAAUACAUCAUGCGAACAAUUCGUUGCUGCGUUCCUUAAAGGCAUACCAACGCAUCAAUUGAGAUUGCUGAAAAGAAUAUUGAACAAUAAAUCAUCCAAGAACUAUUUAUGCAAAAACGCAAAUAUGAAUAAUUAUCAUCCUUCCAGCGUCAUCAACAACAGCAACAGCCAACUUAGCAUCAACAACAACAACAAUAACUACAACAACAACAAUUGCAGCCAACAUAGCAUCAGCAACAUCAACAUCACCAACAACAACAACAGCCAACAUAGCAUCAACCAUAACAACAUCACCAGCAACAACAACAGCCAACAUAGAAUCAACCACAACACUAACAACAACAACAAUCAACGUAGCAUCAACAGCAGCAGCAGCAACAACAACAACAACAACGAGUGUAUCAUGGUUUCGAGGAAUAUCAUUCCAAGCGUAGAUUCCCACUUACUUUCAUUCAUCCUGUGGAAUGAAAUUAAAACAACCAGCCUGGCGAAUGAAAUAAAAUUAAUAAACCUUCCACACUGUCAGGGUUGCACUGAAGACAGAUCCUGCAUCAAUCCAGGCCACUGGAAUGUUCUGUUGGCAGAGUGUGAGUUGAGUGAGCAGCGUUCAACAUUUCACAACGCAAGCAACCAAACUGGACUAAAAAAUCUCCUUCUAAAAAACCAACAAACCGAAAAAUAUCAUCAACAUCAAAAUCAACAACUUCCAAAGUGUGAAAAAUGUCGACAACAACUUCCACCAGAACCUCAACCCCUGAAGCACCAACAGCCCCAACACCAAGAAGAGGGAGGGAGCAAUUUGAAGUCAGUGUGGUGUCGACUGCUGUACAGAGAAUACAAAAGUUGCGUACGAUAUUCACGAAGCCUUCGAAAUGAUUGGUCAACGUUUGAUGUUAAACAUCUGAUGGGUUGUAAGGACAACGACACGAACGUCCACACCACAAAUUGCAGCAGCAGCAGCAGCAACAACAACAACCACAACCAUAACAACAACAACUUGAUGUUUGCAAUAAACCCUUUUCGAUAUAUUCUCAGGCGAAUUUCAAAGAAGCACGACAACAUUGCUACUACUAACAACAGAUCUUCACUACAUCAGCACAACACGUUCUACGACUUCAGUUCAUCCAAGCAGCAACAAACUUUGCUGCAAACGCGCUCAAAAAUAGGGCGGGGUGUCAUUUUGGAAAGACGACUGGAGGAUGUUAAUUCUCCAAAUCAUUCAUCCUCCGCUGCUGCAUUUCUAUCUUCCUCUUUUUCUUCCUCUCUUUUACAGUCGACACUAUCAUCUACGUCAUCGUCAUCACCAUCUUCGUCAUCAUCAACGUCAUCAUCAUUACCAUCUUCGUCAUCACCAUCACUGGCUUCACCAUCACUGUCAAUACCAUUUUCUUCUUUAUCGCCGGCUUUACCAGUUUUUUGUAAAGCCCAGACUACAGCACAUCAAAAAGAACUGCAACAACAACAACAAAACAUACAUCCAACAAAUCAUGUUGCGACGACAAAAACAAAAACAUCGCCAGAAACAACACCACCAACAACAAAACAACAACAAUCAGUCAUUUACCUUCACAACAUUUCCGAUUACCCAAUAUUCGUCUGCAGGUCGGACCGCAACAAGCCCGAUCGAUCACCGGUUAUUAAAGUUGGAAGAAACUGCUCAAUCCGGUUGAACAGUUUUGCUGUUCGAAACCAUGAUACUGCCAGUCCUGUAACUUGCAAUCACAACAACAACAUUGCUAGUGAUUUUGAAAUUGAUAACAAUAAAGAAAACAACAACUGCAACAAGAGCAACAACAAAUCCAUUAAUUACAUCGACCACAACAUAGAAAACGUCAACAGUUUCAGUGAAAACUUUUGCAGAAAUAACUUCCAUGGCAACAGCAACAACAUCAACCUCGACCACAUCAACUCCAACAAGAACAUCAGCAACAACGACGACAACAACAAGAACAUCAACAACGACAACAGCAACAACAAUAACAACAACAGCACCGAUGAUGUUGAUGUCAAAAAUGACUUUCCUGCAGUCGGACCUGUACUGCUGGAUUCGGUCCUGGUUAGUUUCGUGAAGGGAUGGUCAUUCGGAUACCAAAGGAUGGACAUCACCAGUUGCCCCUGUUGGAUGGAGCUGCUCCUCAGCGAUCAGUAG